AUGCAAACCGAGUUUUUGGCGGGAACUACAAGAAAGCUGUCCUACUCUGCCGUUCGACAUUCUCAAAGUCAACAACCACUUUUAUUACGAACUUCUCUUGUCUGUCAGGUGCUCACGACAUACAUUCGAGAAACAGCAGCUCGUUAUGCUCCUGACCUGAGUGACGACAUGGGGGUGCAAAAAAGAGCGGCUGUCGUCAUUCUGCCGACGGAAGCGCUUCCACAAGGCGAGCUGCAGAAGCCGGGCGUGGAACAAACCCUGGCACUAACGCCGAUCGAAUUCCCCGAAAAUGCUAAGGCCUCCUCCGUCGUGCCUUUGUACAUUCUGCGCAAGGAGGAGAAGACGGUGGUAUUAGUAGAGCUUGUGCGUUUCAAGUCGCCCUUCGCGUCAUGGUUUUUCGUCCCCGAGGCCGAAGAGCUCGUGCCUGACGUGUGCAGCAACGGAGACGUGACUAUGGUGACGCGUGUGGACCCUCUCUUCUGUGCGUUGGUUCUCAUGGACUCGUUGAGAGAAGUCGGGGACAAACAGGUGUUUCAGCCCCUGGAUGCGUUGUGCGUUACUGCUGAUGGGACAAAUUUAACGGGACUUUGCGACACUAGGCAGUUCGAAAUGCUUUGUGAUGUGAAAGAAGCCGGUGGUGAGAGUUUUUACAAACUCAAUGACGAAAAGGCAAUGUCGUGGCUGCAGGCGAAACAUGGGGCUCUGGUAAGGGAGUCGAAGAUGAAGUCAGCGGAUGCGGUUGGCAUCAUAUCGCAAUACGUAACGGCACAUUGGGGAAAGCAACUGAGAAAGCAACUGCUCGCAGAGGUUGAGAAUGUAGACUCUGAGGCUCACAAAGCGGCCAAGAAUUCGCAUAGCCUUGCUCUCGCAACCAUGAUGGAAGACGCAGUGGAGACGAACCAAGCCAUUCUCGCUGAAGAAAGAGACAGGAAAAAGGGCUCUGAUAAGUGGUCCGUCAAGAAACCGGUUGCCAAAUCGAAGGCGGCGAAAAAGAAGAAGGAGAAAGCACCAGAGGCCAGCUUCUGGACGGCAAGAGAGAAGUCUUUGGCCAAGAAACGUAACCUGAAACGAAAAAAGACGUCUCCGAAAUGA